AUGUAUAUGUUCCUGGGUGUGUCCAUCAUCGCGGACCGCUUCAUGUCGUCGAUAGAAGUCAUUACCUCUCAGGAGAAAGAGGUGACCAUCACAAAACCCAACGGUGAGACCACAGUGACCACAGUACGCAUCUGGAACGAAACAGUGUCCAACCUCACGCUCAUGGCCCUGGGCUCCUCGGCACCCGAGAUUCUGCUUUCUGUCAUUGAGGUGUGUGGCCACAACUUUGAUGCAGGGGAGCUCGGCCCGGGCACCAUAGUGGGCAGCGCCGCCUUCAACAUGUUUGUGAUAAUUGGCCUGUGUGUGUGGGUGAUCCCCGACGGAGAGUCCCGCAAGAUCAAACACCUGCGAGUGUUUUUUAUCACAGCUUUCUGGAGUAUAUUUGCCUACAUCUGGCUGUACCUCAUCCUGGCCGUCAUCUCGCCGGGGAUUGUAGAGGUGUGGGAGGCUGCAGUGACGCUGCUUUAUUUUCCGGUGUGUGUGGUCUUGGCUUGGAUCGCUGACCGUCGCCUGCUCAUCUACAAAUACAUGCACAAGCGCUACCGUGCUGACAAGAGACACGGCAUCGUGGUGGAAAUGGAAGGCGAUCUUGCGCCCAAAGGCAUUGACGUGAUCAUGGAUGGGAAGCUGUCAGACGGCAAUUCGUGCCCCGGAAACUCCUCCAGUGUGACGGUCUCAGUGCAGACAGGCAACGAACUGGACCAGAAUAAAGAUGAGGUAAGACGUGGAGAAAAUGCUGUGGUCCGCAUCCUGAAAGACCUGAAGGAGAAACACCCAGACAAAGACCUGGACCAGCUCAUUGAGAUGGCCAACUACUCUGCUCUGGUUCACCAGAAGAAGAGCCGCGCCUUCUACCGCGUCCAGGCAACACGCAUGAUGAUCGGCGCUGGCAACAUAUUAAAGAAACACGCUGCCGAGCACUCGCGGCGUGCAGGAGGCCAGGACGCUGACAAAGCCACAUGCUCACACAUCUGCUUUGAAAGUGCCCAGUACCAGUGCACAGAGAACUGUGGCUCUCUGACCCUGGGCGUGAUCCUUGAUGGUGGCACUGGCCAGAACACGUUUUAUGUGGACUACUGUACAGAAAAUGGUUCUGCCAAUGCUGGAGCAGACUAUGAGUUCACUGAAGGAACUCUAGUAUUCAAACCAGGGGAGACCCGCAAAGAGAUCAAGGUGGGCAUCCUGGAUGAUGACAUCUUUGAGGAGGACGAGCACUUCUUUGUGCGUCUUCAGAAGCUCAGGUUAGAGGAGGGUGGAGGUGAAGGGACAGGAACUCCACCCAAGGGUAGACUAGUGGAGCCUCUGGUGGCCACCAUCACCAUCUUGGAUGAUGACCAUGCUGGCAUCUUCACCUUUGGGCAGCGAGUGCUGCGGGUGAGCGAGAGCACCGGCACACUGACAGUGACUGUGGUGAGGAACUCGGGCUCCAGAGGCACGGUGGCUGUACCAUACCAUACAGAGGACGGCAGUGCCAAGGCUGGAGUGGACUACGAGGAGACCAGAGGGGAGGUGGAGUUCACCAAUGAGCAGACCAGUCAGACACUACAAGUGCGCAUCAUCAACAUGGAGGAGUACGAGAAGCAGGAGAACUUCUUCAUUGUGCUUGAAGACCCCAAAUGGCUGAAGCGAGGAAUCUCUGGUGUGUAUGCCAUGAGAACUAAAUGUCUGCGCUCCCUCACAGGCAACCCCACCCCGGAGGAAGAAGAGGCCAGGAGGAUCUCUGAGAUGGGCAAACCCAUCCUAGGAGAGCACAGCAGGCUAGAGGUGGUCAUUGAGGAGGCCUGUGACUUUAAGAGCACCGUGGACAAACUCAUCAAGGACACAAAUCUGGCCAUGGUGAUCGGCACUCGCUCGUGGAAAGAGCAGUUUGUUCAAGCAGUCACAGUCAGUGCAGGUGACGGAGAUGAGGAGGAGGAGGGACAGGAGCAGAGAGCGCCGAACUGUUUCGACUAUUUCCUGCACAUACUCUGCAUUUUCUGGAAGAUUCUUUUUGCUUUUAUCCCGCCCAGUGGGUACUGGAACGGCUGGGCGUGCUUCAUCGUGUCAAUCUGUGUCAUUGGUCUGUUAACAGCCGUUAUUGGAGACCUCGCUUCCCAUUUUGGCUGCACUGUCGGCCUGAGGGACAGCGUCACUGCGGUGGUCUUUGUAGCUCUGGGGACCUCAGUUCCUGACACCUUUGCCAGUAAAGUGGCUGCCACACAGGAUCAGUACGCGGAUGCAUCUGUGGGAAAUGUUACAGGAAGCAAUGCGGUUAAUGUGUUUUUGGGCAUCGGGGUUGCCUGGUCGGUGGCUGCAGUGUACUGGGAAGUCAAAGGGAAGGUGUUCCGCGUGGACCCCGGCUCGCUGGCCUUCUCCGUCACACUCUUCACCAUUUUCGCCUUCUUCAGUAUGGGAGUGUUGAUGCUACGCCGAAGGCCGUCCAUAGGCGGGGAACUAGGAGGCCCACGAGUCCCCAAGGUCCUCACUUCGCUGCUUUUCUUUGGACUGUGGUUCCUCUACAUCCUCUUCUCCAGCUUGGAGGCCUAUUGCCAUAUACAAGGCUUCUAAGAGAGCUCUGCUGGGGAGAGUCAAGACUUCACACGAACAAGCACACACAUCACCAGGACCCUCACCUGGACUGUCCUGUUACAAUAAAACUGGGAGAAUCACUGUCAUCACUUGACGACUGCUGCCAUCGUUUAUGAAGCUACACACUGGAGACUCACACAUGCAAAGCUGAACGUCACACCCACUGCAGGACUAGUAGAACUCAUUGUGACACUUUUCACGUUGACGAAAUGAAAAGCAGCGGCUGUUUUUGAUAAAAGCAGAACCAAUAAUCAGAAUGUACCCUCUGGAUUUUGCUCGAUGCUGGCUUGAUACCUGACGGCUCAUAACCUGGAUUCCACGUUUGGUCUUGUUUCUCCUCACACUUAUAAAGACUGGGUAUGUUUGAACUGCCUAACCUAGAGGUUAAAUAAGAAGAUCUGUGACAGCUGAUUUUACACAGGUGAGCGAUGUAAGUGAUAAUAAGCUGCUGUGAUGUUUGAAGAUGACAAUCAGUGUUAUAGCAGUCUGUUGUUUUGUAUCAUCAAGCUUGUACCACGGCAUUUAUCCCAGGCUAUGUUCAAACUAUCAUCCCUUUGUUAGGGACUGUUUUUUGUCAGUAAGCAUGAAGCAAAGUGACUCUGAAUGGAACCCUGCCAGCUAAUCAGGAGACCACGGUACAAACACCUGAGUGCAGUUUGGUGACAGUUUGAGAGAUAAGCUGCUGUUGUGAAAUAUCUCUCUCUGCUAAAUCGUGUUUCUCUGUCGAGGUGUGUGACACAAGGCAUUACGUCACACCUACUGAAUUCGAUUGAUAAGUAUUGAUGAUAACAAGGACACUAAAUGCACGACGUGGACCCGAGUCAGACUGACGGAAUCACACAGAUGUUGAAUUUCUAAUAAGCACCUGGUGUCUGCCAUUUAGUGUGACUGUUUGAAAGUGACGUUUCAUUCACCCCUGAGGUCUUAUCUGUUUAUUUAUUAAUGGUGUAAUUUGAUGUCUUUCUAAUGUAAUAUAUUUGAACUGACAUGGACAAAAAGCAUAUUGUAAUUUAUUGUAAGUUGUUAUAAUUACAUUGGAAUU